UCGCUAUAUUCAGCUAUUUCGCCCGUUUAUACUUGAAAUACAUUUUAUCAUCAUCUUAACUUUCCUUGAUUUCGUGUACAACACUUGGGCGGUAUUAUCGGGGCGAUUGGCGAAGUAGACGAAGAUGGAGGAGCCGAAUACCAAUAGUCUCCUUCUUAACUUAUUACCAGUCGAAUUAAUCACCGAAAUAUCGAAAUUCAUGCUACCGGUCGAUCGAGCUGUAUGUUCUUUGGCAUGCCGCUCGCUACGUUCCAUCUUUGGCAACUCAUCUGUACGCAACCUUUCUACGGCGCAGUACCUUAGAUACCUCGUAAGAGUCGCUCGCGAUCUUCCGGACCAGUGGGUAUGCGAAGCUUGUUUCAAGCUACACCCCAUCUCUCAAGACGAUACGCCUCUAACCCCGUGGAAAAUGACGUGUCCCUUGCGUUGGGAUCGGUGGUGCCAUGAGGUGUACGGCCAGCAAUCCCGGCUCGAUAACCGUUACUUCUCUGUCGACCAUCGUCACAUCCAGCUCGCGCUCAAGUACACACGUCUGCGAGAUCCUAGGUACCAACUUUACCUCAACAAGUUGUUAGCGGAGCAUCGUGACCUCGAAUUCCCUACCCACCCAUACCCGUACAGCCGACAGAACGUACUCAAAGUUAAGUACGUCGCUACUCCUAGGGUCGUAAGGGAUCGCUAUGGAAAUCUCAGGUACAUGCUGCGGUCUGUUUGGGACUUCCGAAAAGAUUCCAUGGAUAUAUCGUUGGUAACGGUGGGAGACAUCAAGCUAUGCCCACAUCUAGCUCUACUGGGCGAUAUGAGACGGAUGAGAGUUCACGAAUUAGACCGCUUGCAAGUGGUUAAGCAUGAUAUCUUACUCAACGAGAGAGAAACAUACCCAGCUGCCUGUCACGUCUGCGCUACCGACUUCUAUGUUCUCAUAUACAAGGACCACAUCAUGGUACACACGUGGCAGGAUAUGGGGACUAAGGGUUCUCCAGGAGAUAAAGCUUGGAGGUUGCACGUCUCGGACUCUCGUUUUGGUAGCCCACCCUUCGGUGGCCGUUGGCCCAUGUUCCAAAAGCCCGGAAGCAUUCGAGCACUAUACAAUCGAGCGAAGCCCUUAGGAGUCGACGAUGACUUUCGUCCAACUAGACGGUCGACGAACCCGUAGCGAUCUAUGUUCUUACCUCAUUUAGAGCAAGCGAGAGAAGUAAAGUUACCUAACCUAAGCGAAUAAAGGUAUUCUGUACUUUCAAAGCAUCGUGGAAUUAUUGGUCUUUAGUGGUUUAAGAUAAGUAACCGGCAAUUCUUUUGGCCCUGUUAUUCAGGGGAAAAUAUGUAAACCUAGCGUCCAGGGAGGAAACCUAGGCUUUCCCAAGUAUUGGGUAGGCUAAAUGGAGGAUGGCAAAAUUAAAAUAAAUGCCUCGUUUAUAGACGAUGAAAAAAAGG